CAAGCGCGUGCUCCGGCCCGGCGCAUUGACCACAAACCGUCGCCGGCCACGCCGGCAUCGUCACGCACACCACCGGUCGCGUCCCGCACCACCGGCAGCCCGUGGCGUGCCCAGGCCUCACAUUUUAGUGCGCGCCGUGGCGACCGGGCCCCAUCGUUCACCGAACCGGUGCUUCUCCGUGCAUAUAUAUAUAAGCGAGCGAGCCCCGGCCGGGCGGCAUCACAGCACAGCAGUGCGCCGUCAUUCAUCGCUGCCAUGGCUUCCCCUGUCCUGCUCGUCGCCGCGCUCUGCUCUCUCUUCGCGCUGCUCGGAGCGGCGGGGGAGCCGGCGAGGGGAGCGGCGGCGGAAGCUUCGGCACUCCGCAGCAAGGCGGCCACGGACCCCAACACGGAGGUGAAGUUCGACUUCACGCCGUUCCUGAUCCAGUACAAGAGCGGCCGCGUGCACCGGUUCAUGGGCACGUCGUUCGUCCCGGCGUCCGUGGACCCGCGCACCGGGGUGGCUUCCAGGGACGUGGUCGUGGACCACGGGACGGGCCUCGCGGUGCGGCUGUACCGGCCUAGCCGCCAAGCCGUCGCCGGCGGCGCCGGCGGCAGGCUCCCCGUGCUGGUGUACUUCCACGGCGGCGCGUUCGUGGUCGAGUCGGCGUUCGACCCCGUGUACCACGGCUACCUGAACGCGCUGACGGCCAAGGCCGGGGUCAUCGCGGUGUCGGUGAACUACCGCCUGGCGCCGGAGCACCCGCUCCCGGCGGCGUACGAGGACGCGUGGGCGGCGCUGGCGUGGGUGGUCGCGAACGCGAACGCGAACGCGCGGCGCGGCGGGGCCGGGGCCGGGGACCCCUGGCUGUCCAGGCACGGCGACGCGUCCCGCCUGUUCCUCGCCGGCGACAGCGCCGGCGGCAACAUCGCGCAGAACCUGGCGAUGCGCGCGGCGGGGCAGCAGCAGAGGAUCAGGGGGCUGGCGCUGCUGGACCCCUACUUCCUGGGGCGGUACGUGGGCGGGGGCGCGGCGCGCGCGUGGGACUUCAUCUGCGCGGGAAGGUACGGGAUGGACCACCCGUACGUGGACCCGAUGGCGCUGCCGGCGGAGGUGCUGCGGCGGCUGCCGUCGCCGCGGGUGCUGAUGACGGUGUCGGAGCAGGACCGGCUCGGGCCGUUCCAGCGCGCGUACGUGGACGCGCUCCGGGGCAGCGGGUGGCGCGGGCGGGCGCGCCUGUACGUGACGCCCGGCGAGGGCCACUGCUACUUCCUCAACAACCUCGCCUCGCCCAAGGCCGCCAUGCACAUGGCCACGCUCGCCGCGUUCAUCAACGGCAGCUGAUAGAUUGUCGGCAGCGUGGUAGUGCUGCUCACCCGAUCGAUCAGCCAGCCCUCUGUACGUAGCUAUAGUGGUCUGUCUAUCUCACUGGUGAGUGGAGACAUCUGUAACCACCAUACCGUAUACUGUAUUUUGUCAGUGGCCGCCCGAGAGAGAGGUGUUUAGCAUGCAUGUUAUGUAAUACUACGCGCACGUUUUUUUCUCCUUGUCUGUAACCGCAGUGACAUGUAAUUUUCCCA